CGCGCGACCAGCAGAGCCCGCCCCCGCCUGAUCUCGCGAGAGCCGAGCGCUAUUUAGUCUCGGAGGCGGCCAUCGUACUCCCUUUGCGGAGACGAAGCGUAAGGGCAGAUUAAAACAUGACUGAUACAGAUGAAUCCCACGCUUCUGGUUCUGAUUAUCCUGAUGCCCAAGAUAUCAUAUUAACUCAGAGGAAAAAAAGAUCUAAAGUACCUGAGCAUGCAGCAAGUGCACAGAAGGAACAUUUGUGCUCAAGGCAGAAGGGUGCCAGUCCUGAGGAGUCUUCAGAUGAGAUCAGUAGUACAGAUACGUCUUCAGAUGAGGUGGAUAGCAGUGAUUCAGAAAUUGAUGUUCCAGCUGCUAGUGGCAGCAAGCACCAUAGGAAACACUCUGUUGUACCUUCAAAGCGAAAGAGGAGAUUGCAGCCUUCAAAGCAACAAGCAGAAGCUGAUGCAGGAGUGCCUGGCAGUGAAAGUUCUGAUUCUUCUCUGCCCACUCAGAGCCCAGUGAGGCCACCUGAAGCCUCCCAAGAGAAGAAAUCUAAGCUCAAUCUGAAAGCCAUUUUUGCCUAUCACUUCAGAGGAAGGAAGUUUAAAGCUGCUGCACACCGAAAAUACCGGAGCAGUGGUUCACGGAAGAUAAAGAGAGCCUCUGGGUGCACACGGAGGCGCGGUAAGAAGAAGCCCAUGACAGCCUCACCUCAGGAGCGAAGGAAAAGGCUUAAGGAUCGAGGCUUUCAGUUCCCUUUUGUUGAAAAACAUUAUGGGAGAAAACAUAUUCCCUUAAAGAUGGUUCUUAGCUAUGAGCAAGCAGCUGCAAAGGGAUAUUUCCAAUAUGUUGAAAUGCUCAAAUAUGAAGAACACCUCAAAAAGGCUUUGAAAGCCCUUGAAGCCAGUGAAGACUUAGAAAGAGAAUGCCUGGUAGUGCGGAAACACAAAUAUUUAGAUGACGAAGGCCCCCUUUCUCCUAUCCAGGAGACAAAUGAUGAUGAUGAUAAUAACUGCGUGGGCUCUGAUAAUCCAGAAGACUUUGAUGUCAGAGUAGUGGACAACAGCUGUUUCAUCAUAAGCAGCAAAAUUCCCAACAAGAAGAAAUCAAAGGCCAGAGCAAAGUCAGCUGGAGGGGUUGAAGUAAAGAAGAGUGCUGCUGAUAACUAAACAUUUGUGUGGUUCUCUUUGGUUGAACAGAACACGAACGAAUAAGGUGGCAGCAGUCACUUCUCAGAGACCUUAUUGAGGUCUGCUUGGCUUAAAAUGUUGGUCUGAAGUCAGCGUUGAGCUGUCAGCCAGGCAACCUCAUCAGAAUCAAUUUAAGUUUGUUGCUUUUGGAUGAUGAAUAUUGAUCAGCUGCUGUGAGAGCUGGUGCACAAAUCUGUUACUUCUGUGCUGUCCUGUGGAACACACUGGUUAAGGAGGUAUGCUUUGUUUCUGCUGAGUUUUGGCGUGAGAGAACUUGAGUCUUUGCCUUCUCAGAGAGGCUUUGGUGGAGCUUGUCAAACACAGCAGUGGGAACUGUCAGACAAGUUGUUAAGUGAUAAAAGUGCAUUUAAGUUGACCUGGUUCUUUAGUGUUUCUUGAAGUAGAGGAAUAUUUGAGGAAGUUUUUUUCCCUGUGGGGAGGUUGUGCUGUGACUGUAAGCUGAAGACUUAGCUGGUUUUUUUUUUUUUCCUAAAUAAGUAUUUCAUUUGGAAAGGCAAAUCCAGAAGGCAGCCAGUGAUGUGUCCAUGUUGGAGUUAAUGGGCUGGGCUUUAAAACAAGCUGUUCUGCAGGUGUUGUGAAGAGUUGAUUGUUGCGCCUUGUUAUUCAGCAGGCAGACAACUCCGUGUGUGUCUCAAUUGAACAACGGGGCCAGAAGAGCAACAGGUUGUGCUUUCCUCACUGUAACACCCAUUGCAGUGGUGACAAUGAGACCUGUAACAGGCUUACAUACUGAGAGAAUUGUGCAAACACGGUUCAAAAUGUGGUUACUCUUAAAUUCUGACGGAUUGACAUGUGUGGUGUUGUGAAUUCUUGAAUUCAUAGAAUCACAAGGUUGGAGGAGACCCACAAGAUCAUCCCAUCCAACCAUCCUCCUAUCAGCAUUACUAUCCACUAAGCUACUAAACAAUAUCUUGCAGCAUUCUGCAUCCUGCUGGCUGUGGGAAGUGGAAGAAAAACACACAGUACUGAAUUCUGUAAAUAGUUUAUCAGAGCACUCUUGGAAGCUGUCUUGUAGUUGCUUCACACCGCAGUGCAGCUGACGUAGGUAACACCCUCACAUACAUCUUCUGUGCCAUAGUGCUUUGAUUUCUUAAGUGUGGGUAGAUUUUGUUGAUAGUUUUGUGACAGACUUUGAUUUGAAGUGCUGCGUAUUCAGUGUAAGAGUGCUUGCAUCUUGAAGUUACUAAAAUGCUGAAGAAACUUAGACGUGUUAAUCAGUACCGUAAUCUGCUCUUUUCAGCAAGCCCACCUGACGAUGCAGACCGGAGGAAUACCUUGGUGGUAUGAAGAAAUGAGAGAAGAAGUGCAGAAAGCCACUUGACAGAGACGGAGCUCCCCUAUAGGUUAGUGUGCCCUCUGAGCUUCUGCAGAUGCAUCAGUGUUUGAAGGGCUCUGGUUUUCAGUGGCUGGAGGUGUUCACCAGGUGAAGCUCAGUGCCUUUUGGAGUGUUGCAGGGGCAUAACUCAACAUUUGUUAGGAUAUUUUAAAGUAAUAUUCCCUUUCAGUCUGUUAAGAGAAGACUUCUUUAACUCUGGUUUAUCCCAAGAAAGAUCUCAGUCUGAAAUGAAGUGAUGAGGUUAACUUCCUAAACUCGGGCUUCACUUUAAAGUAAAUGAGUACUAAGGGAAGUUAGGAGUGUUUGAAUACAUGUUGUAGUUAAUUCCCUUCGUUUUAUACUGUUCAUGUUCAUGUAAUACUGUUCGUGUAAUCGUAGCUUUUAACAUUAAACUGAUGUGGAGUUAUUACUGCAUCUUCCAAAUGAAAUGGUAGUGUAACAUUGCGCUCCUUUUUCCCACAAAUCAUGACAGAAGUAAGAAGGCACUUCAUAGGAACUGUAUAAGAUGCUUUUCCAGUCUGCUUGAUUUUUGUUGGUUGGUUUAUGGUCACAGAAACAUUGAGGUCUAUCCCGAUAGGAUCUCUUCUGUAGGUUCAUGUCGUUGGAAACGCCUCACAGAACAAACUUGUGGUUUAGUUUCACCCUUGGAGCUACCUGUUGGCUCUGUGGGAUAGAACUGCAAGACAAAUCUUCAUGUACCAUUUUAGGAAUGGAAGUAACGUGUCAUGUUCUCCCUCAGGUACUGGCUCAUGAAUUUGAUAUAGAUGAAAAAAAAAUUCAAAUGGAAAAGCUUGGUAAGAGUGAAAAAGAGCAUGUUCUGAGAUAUAAAAUGUAACUAACAUGUUUAACUGCGUGAGUUGAACUUGCUCAGCCAGAUGUCUGUGAAGGUGCCAGACCUCUUUGUGUUUUUUUCUGGUUGGCUUGAAGCAGGCUCUUCCCUCUUCAAUCUGAAAGUGAUUUCCUGUUCGUUGUGGUGCCUGUAAGUUUAAAUUAGAAAGUCCAGCCCUCUGAUGUCUGUCCAGUCUUAAAGUAACUCAAUGAGCAUGCUGGAUUUUUGCUGUUCUAUGUAAUUCAGCAAUGCUGCUUUUCUCUUGUUAAGCUUCAAAGAUUUAAAGUCUGAGUUAAUUUCUGAGCCUGGUACAGUGUUAGAACUCCUGGGUUACAUGGAGCAUAGUGCUAUUCCACAGACCAUAGCUUGAAGUAAAAGGACAAUACUCAUAAGCCCAUUGUGCUGGGAAUAUAAAGAAUACUUGAAAGAAUAAUGAGACUGCUGAAAUUGAUGGAAUUUCUUUUCUCUCUUAGCAUGGCAACUUCUGUGAGAUUGGUACUACAUUUUCACUUCUCUCUAACUGGUGUCUGGAGAGCUUGAACAUAAAUGUGCAUUUGUUGAUUGAGGACUGUUGCAUCUGUUGCACUGAACGGUAUCUGCACCCAGCAGCAUUCUUCUGAUGGGGUGUUCAAAAAUCAGUGCUACAGUAGUUCAGCAUUUGGCAUCGUUGGUUUUCACUCUGCUGUGGUUGUUGAACCUGGUAUUCUUGCUGAUACAGGCUUUGUCCUCUUCAAGCAUUUGAGCACAGUCCUUUUGUGUGGGGCAGGACUUGUCAGUGUGAGAGCUGACCGCUGGUUCUCCCUGGUGUGUUCAGUUUGUUUCUUUAAACAGGUGCCUUGGGGUACAGAGCAGUCAGUUGGCUGUGUGAAAUGGAUUAGCUGCGGAAGAGGAAACAGCCUGUUGGACAGGUGUGCCUUUGUGUACCAGAGUGCUGCUGUCACUGAAUGUUGGGGUUAUGAAGCUGUACCUGAGUGCUGCCACAGCAACUCUGUAGGUCCUGAUGUGAUGUUGCUGCAAGUCUUGCAAGAAAGAAAAGCUCUUAAAUGCUCUUAAAACACUCCUCUAUUUCUUGUAAUAAUUGAGAAUUUUAAAUAUUUUAACUUCAUUGCCCUGUAAGUUGAAGUAGUGGAUCAAGGUGGGGCUGUAAGCAGGGGAGGAUUAUCAACUGUGUUCAAACUGUUCCAAGUGGGGAGAUGGGGCUGUUUACUUCAUACAGAAAGUAACAUUCAAAUAAAACUGCUUGAAAGAA